AUGACCGUGACCGCCACCGGGAGUCCGAAUACCUUUCCUGACGUCCUCAUUGUCGGCGCCGGCCCUUGCGGCCUCUCAGUGGCAGCUCGUCUCCGCGAGCAACAUCCAUCAGCACUCUUCACAGACGCAGAGCAAGCUCGCUACAGAUGGAUCAAAAGACACGCAAGCCAAGCCAGCAUAAAGCAGUCCAGGACCGGGCGUACUGAGCCUGGCAAAGGGCUCGAAGCAGGUAGCAUGAGAAAUCGGAAGCCUUCCAUACUCGUCCUUGACAACAGCGGCGCACAGUGGCUCGCAAAAUGGACAAGGCUAUUCGACGCCUUCGAAAUCGAACACUUGCGCAGUCCAAUGUUCUUCCACCCAGACCCGCAAGAUCGCGACGCCUUGCUCGCCUACGCUCAUACGCAGGGGCGUAGCGACGAACUUGUGGAGAUCACUGGGUGCGUUGGUAAAGAAAUCAGCAAGCAUAAGCGGAAGAAGCGCAGGGAUAAGGGUGGCGAAGCGCGAGCAGAGGUCACAAUAGACGAACGCGAUCGCAAAGACUACUUCACCCCUUCAAGUGCGAUGUUCCAGGACUUCUGUCGACACUGUGUAGAAAGGUAUGGCUUGGACGAGGAGCAUGUCAUCGAGCAAGGAACCGUCCAGGACAUCAAGUAUGGCGCGGUGACGAUAGGCUCAGCAGAUAUGCAGGUCUUCACUGUCAGAACCGAGAGGGCUAUGUACCUUGCCCGCACGGUCGUGCUCGCUACCGGUGGUGGCACGCCCACGAUACCGAAGCCAUUCUCCCCCGACGUGGCCCACGGAGCAUGUCAUGCUAUGAACCUCGCCAGACGCGGUCUUCCGGAUCCAAGCAUUGCCGCGAAGAUACGAGCUCGCAUACCGACUAAUGUGCUCGUUGUUGGAGGAGGUCUAACGAGCGCUCAAGUCGCGGACUGUCUCAUACAGCGUGGCGUUACCAAGGUCUGGUUGCUGAUGAGAGGCCAGUGGAAGAUCAAACCUUUCGAUGUGAAUCUGAGCUGGAUAGCCAAGUUCAAAAAUCAUCAGCAGGCGGCGUUCUGGUCCAGUGACAGCGACCAAGAACGGUUGCAAUAUGUCCACGAAGCGCGAAAUGGUGGUAGCAUCACUCCUCUAUACAGCAAGCGGCUGAAACAACAUAUCGCAUCUGGUCGCCUAUCAGUGGCAUGCAACAGGGUUGUUGCCACCCAGCAUUACGACUGUGAAACGCGGUCAUGGACCAUUACAACUGACCCUCCGAGUCUUGACCUCCCAGCAAUAGACUACAUCUACUUCGCCACAGGUACACAAGCCGACAUCCGCAGUAUACCUUGCCUACGGAGCAUGCAUAAGGACUUCCCCAUCCGCGACGUAAGCGGCCUGCCGUGCCUCACUGAUGACCUCAUGUGGAAGUCUGACGUCCCGCUGCUCGUGACUGGCAAGAUGGCGACGCUGCAACUAGGACCCGGAGCUGGGAACCUGGAGGGUGCGAGACAGGGCGCAGAAAGAGUGGCGUGGGCUAUCGAGGAUGUGUUAAACCGGGAAGAACCGGGUGACGGAGACGACGAUCAACGGUCCGAGAGUGUGAGCCAGCGAUACGUUGCAGGCAUCGGCAGUAUGUAUGAGAGCCUGGAAGAUGAUGAUCAAAGCUGAGUGAGUGGAAGCUACUCUGAUAAUUUCUACUGUUUGCUUGUCCUAUUUUCAGCAGGAAUUUUAGAUCUUGCAAGGAGAUGACGCUAGUCGGUUGCUGAAGCAUCUUGAAUGGCCUAGAAGAACG